AUGCCAAUUGAGGCGCCGGCGCUGGGUCCUUUGCUCGGAAAUACCGUCAACACGGUCAUAAGUCCAUUCUAUACGCUCUUCUCCACAAAUGCCAUGUAUUGCUUCACCGCUCGCACAAACGUGACAAAACAUAGGACUGAAACUGAGACAUUGAGUGGCAACUUGCUUCGUGUCAAACAGGGAAUUGUAGAUGGCGAGAUGAAUGGCUUGAUACCGACGGAAGAAGCAAAUGAGUGGGUGCAAAGGGCGGAGCAAGCCAUAUGUGAAGAAGCGGCAAACCGCGAGUCUUUUUUUGAUCAGAGGUGCAGAAUCUUUGGGUGCUCCCUGAACAUGAAUUGCUGGGGAAACUAUAAAACCAGCAAGAAAGCAGCUGAAAAGGUGGAUGCUGUGAAACAAUAUAUCAGUAGCACACCGCUGCCAGAUAAUGUCACACGCACACCACCUCCACCUCCUGUCGUAGAUUUGUCCACCCACUCUGCUCAGCUUCUGCCAAGCAGAGAGCCUACUCUCAGGAGUGCUCUCAUGUGCAUUAAGGAGGAGGAUGCGGUGGGAGUGAUUGGAAUAUGGGGUCCACGUGGAGUUGGGAAAACACAUCUUCUCACAAAGAUAAACAAUUCAUUUCUUGAACAUUGUCCCUUUGAUAUGGUUAUCCUUAUUAAGGCCUCGAGUGAAUGCACGGUGCAAAAGGUUCAAGCUCAGAUCAUAAACAGGUUCGGUAUAAACCAGAAUAUUAAUGUGACAGCUCAAAUACAUGAACUGCUCAAGAAACGAAGUUUUCUGGUGUUGGUAGAUGACCUUUGUGAGAAGCUAGACCUUUCAGCUGUUGGCAUUCCACAUCCUCUUGGAGUUGUGGACCAAAAGAAGAGGAAGGUGCUAAUCAUUUCACGAUCACAAUCCAUAUGUGAUCUGAUGGGUGUGGAUAAAUAUAUGCAAGUGCUUGGUUUGGAGGAAGAGGAGGCACACCAACUAUUUGAACAAAGUUUUGGUGAGGAGAAUCUUUAUACUGAUCCCCAUGUCGGGGUACUUGUUAAGGAUCUCGUAAGAGAACUAAUUGGCCGACCAUCAGAGCUGAUACAUUUCGGGAAGAUGAUGCGAAGAAGCAGAAAUGCAAGGCAGUGGGAAGAUGUCAUUGAUGCAGUAAAGAGAUCAAACCUUCGAAAUGAUAACCCAUUAUGUAUGGCGGAAAGAAUUGAGGGAAGUCUCGAGGAUUCCACCAAAGACUUGAUCGCGAAAAAAAAUGAUGUAUGUCAGAAGAUUAAGAAUGCUGAGCGAGAAGGCAAGAAAUCAACAAAUGAGGUCGACAGAUGGCUGGAAAAAGUGGCCAGAAUCAUUGAUGUUGUGCAUGUAAUCUCUGUGGACUAUAAGCUUAAGAAGGAUGUUACCAUGGAGGCAUCUGAGAAGCUUCGUGAGGUUCAAGAGUGUCUCAGUAUUUGUCCCAGUACUGUUGCAAUUGAGUCAAUGCCACCUCCUGUCCAAGAGAUGCCUGGUCCAUCUAUGUCAGCCGAGAACCGUAACCUCCAAGAUGCUCUCCAGUGCAUUAAGGAUGAUCCCAAAGUGGGAAUGAUUGGAAUUUGGGGUCCAGGUGGAGUGGGGAAAACACAUCUUCUCAACAAUAUUAAUAACUCAUUUGGAGAUGGUAUGAACUUUGAUUUUGUUGUCUUUGUAACUGCCUCCAGAGAGUGCUCGGUGGAAAAGGUCGAGUCACAAAUCAUAGAAAGGCUCAGGCUGCAAAGUGUUGGUUCUAAUCGUCUUACCAUACAUGCGUACAUGAAAACGAAAAGCUUUCUUGUACUAUUGGAUGACCUAUGGAACGAAAUUAAUCUAGAAGAAGUUGGUAUACCAUAUCCCCUUGGAAAUGUAAAGAAACUCAAUAGAAAAGUGGUGCUAACAACAAGAUUAAGAAAAGUUUGUGGCCAAAUGAACGUGAAGAAAGAGUUAAAAGUUGCAUAUCUGCAGGAGCAUGAGGCAUGGCAGCUAUUUAAAGAAAAUAUUGAUGCCGAAACUCUUUCUAGUCCCCAUAUUGAAACCCUUGCUAGAGAACUUAUGAAGGAACUGAAAGGCUUGCCACUAGCUUUGAUAACUAUUGGAAAGGCAAUGUAUCAGAAAGAUGAGUAUCAAUGGGAAACUGCCAUCCAAUAUAUGAAACAAUCAUGCUGCACUGAGGACAAAGACCCAAUAGAACUGGGUAUGGAAACUAAUGUUUUCAGGCAGCUAAAGUUUAGUUAUGAAAAAUUAAGAAACGACAUAUUGAGAGAUUGUUUUUUGACUUGUGUACUCUGGCCAGAGGAUGCGAAGAUUCGCAAAGUUGACCUUGCUCAAUGUUGGAUGGGCUUAGGUCUAGUGAAUGAGCAUGACAUAGAAUCUUCCUUUAGGAAAUCAUAUAGUUUGAUAGCUGACCUUACAGCUGCAUGCUUGCUAGAGGGCAGCGAUGCUCACCCAGGAUCUUCCUUUGAAAAUUCACAUGGUUCUGUUAAAGUGCAUGAUGUGAUUCGUGAUAUGGCUUUAUGGAUUUCUUGUGACUGUGGUGAGAAGAAUGACAAAUGGAUUGUGGCGGCACCAGGUGACAGAGACAAAAAAGUUAUUAUCCUUUCGAACAAAGCUGAGUGCAUCUCCUUGAGUUUCGACAGAAUUCCUAUCAGGUUUAAUCUUGAUCCAUUAAAGCUGAGGAUCUUGUGCCUUCGGAACAACGGAUUGGAUGAAAGCAUUAUUGAAGCAAUUAAGAAUUGCACUUCACUGACAUAUCUGGAUUUGAGCGGAAACAACCUCAAGAGGAUACCGGAAGAAUUAUGUUCCUUGGUAAACCUGGAAUACCUUGAUUUGUCAGAAAAUGUAUUUGGGGAAACUGGAGUGCCUCGAUCCUUUGGAGAUCUUAUCAACCUCAAGUUCUUGUACCUAAAGUCUGGUGGUGGAAUACCAGCUGGGGUCAUUUCUAGACUUAAAGCAUUGCAGGUAAUAGACUUGAGGAGUCUCUUAAGAGAAUGUACCCUAUUCCUAUUCCGAGAGUUGGGCACCCUACCUCAGUUGAAAGCGCUUUGUAUUCUGGUAAGAGAUUUAGCUCAGUUUGAGUCACUAGGAGAAGCGGCAAACCUCCCUGUUAGAUAUUUGGCUCUAAAUGACGUAAGUGCACUCACUCGUAUUUUAUCAACCGACUUUGCACAAAGGACCUUGUAUGAACUGGAUAUCAAUGAAGAAAGAUAUUUUCUUGAACAAGAUAUCAAUGAAGAAAUCGACACUCGAGAAAUAACAGUAGAACAUGACACAGAACAACCAAGCAAUCGUUUUGGUGCUCUCACCAACAUCCGAUUAACUAUGACGAGAUCCUUGAGACAGAUAAAGUGGAUGGGAGCAACUCCAUCAUUUAUAUUCCCAAGACUCGCUUAUUUGGAAUUGUUUAUGUGCCAACAUCUAUCGCACCUCUCUUGGGUUAUGCAUCUGCCUCGCCUUGAACAACUUCAUAUAGUUUCCUGUGACGGCAUGGUGCAAGCAUUUAUGAGGUGCCAUGGUGACAGAUUGUGCAACGGACAGGACAAGACAAAAACAUUUCCUCGCCUCAAGCUUCUCUUUCUUAUUUAUAACGAAUCGUUGGAAACUAUUGGGGACAAUGGUAUGGAAUUCCCAUCCCUAGAGCGACUUGAGCUUGAAGGUAGUCUGGCAUUGAAGAGGCUUCCUUUCCGGUCGGACAGUUUGCCACCAAAGCUGAAGGAGCUACGGUUUGAUGAUGCUAGAUGCUGGGAGAGACUAGAAUGCGAAGAAGGUGUCAAAACUAUCCUGGAACCCUAUAUUAAAUUUGGCAGACGACAUCAGGGUUAA